UUCCUCCUACCCCUGCACCUCCUCGAGACAAGGUUUCCAGGUAACCGGCUGACGGCUCCGGCCAGAGGGAGAAGUCGCUCGGCGAACUCCCCCCUCCCCCCUCCCCCCACUGUCUACGGCGUUUGGCUGGUUCAAAAAGAGAUCGAGCGACCGCUGGCGGCAACUGCACUGCGCCUGCUCCGGACAGCAGCGCUUUCUGCGCCUGCGCUGCCAGCUGAGGGAGUGGGGGGAGGGGAGAUUACAAUAUGUCUUCCCCUCAUUUUUUUCCAAGUCCUGUAGUUUGAUUUUAAACAACACAACAUUUGUUUUAGCUUCACACGCUCUGAAAAUUGUGGCCGAGUUUCCUCAAUUUCUCCUCAUAGGAAAAUCCCACCCCGCAGGCAUUAGUCUGGUGAACCUUCGCUGAACUCCCCCUGUGACAAGUAUAUUCUCCCUUAGGUAAGGAGACCAAAACUGUACUAAACACUCCAGCUAAUGGAGGGAGUGUGUGUGGGGGCAGCUACUUACAGUGCUUGGGGAGUAAGAAAGGAAAUAAUGUUCCAGAGAAAUUAAGAACAGGCAAUUCUUGUUUCUAUCCUGGACUGAGGGUGCUGACUUUUAUAAACUCCUUUGAGAGGAUAUUAGAAGAGGAGGAUUUACAGAGACGAAAAUCAAACCAAACAUCAAGUGAACAACUGGCAGUCACUCAAUUAUUGCGUGACCUGAACAUCAUCGAAUUUUGAAGGAGAAAACUUUGUCUGUUCUGUGUGCUUCAGAAGAUUUUAAAAUCAGUGUGACUGAGAAAGGACACAGACACACACCCGAGUGAGAGUGUUCCAGUGCACUGACUGUGGCAAGAGCUUUAACCAGUUAAACAGCCUAUAAGAACAUCACUAUUUACAGCUGGGAGAGACCGUACAUGUGCUGUAUGCGGACGCCUCAGCUGAUCAAUGAACCUGAAGAAAGACUAGGAGGCCCACACCAUGGAAAAACCAUGGAAGUGUGGAGACUGUGGGAAUGGAUUCAGAUCCCCAUCUCAGCUGGAAAUUCAUCAACGCAGUCACACUGGAGAGAGACCAUUCAUCUGCUGUGAGUGUGGGAAGGGGUUCACUCAUUCAUCCCAUCUGCUCAGACACCAGCGAAUUCACACCAGGGAGAGGCCGUUCACCUGCUCUGAGUGUGGAAAGGCAUUCACUACUUCAUCCGACCUGCUGACACACCAACGAAUUCAUACCGGGGAGAGGCCAUUCACCUGUUCUGAUUGUGGGAAGGGAUUUAGUCGGUUAUCUCACUUACAGGCACAUCAGCGCGUUCAUACUGGGGAGAAGCCGUUCACCUGCUCUGACUGUGGAAAGGGAUUCUCUCACUCCUCCAACCUGCGGAUACACCAGCGAGUUCAUACUGGGGAGAGGCCGUUCACCUGCUCCGAGUGUGGUAAGGCAUUCAUUGAUUCGUCAAGCCUGCGGAUACACCUACGAGUUCACACCAGGGAGAGGCCAUUCACCUGCUCUGAGUGUGGGAAGGGAUUCAGUCGGUCAUCGUUCCUGAAGGCACACCAGCGGAUUCACACCGGGGAGUGGCCACCCACCUGCUCUGAGUGUGGGAAAGCAUUCAUUGAUUCAUCCAGCCUGCUGAGACACCAGCAUCUUCACACUGGGGAGAGACCGUUCACCUGCUCUGAGUGUGGGAAGAAAUUCAGUCGAUCAACCUACCUUCGGAAGCACCAGCGAGUUCACAAGUGAUAACAGGGGUUGGAUUCUGCUGUUAUUGCUGCCGUCAAUCACAUCCCGGAGAGAACCAUGUUCAUUCUGACGAUUGAUGAAGUGGGAGAGGCGGAGGGUUUCUUUCUGCUGGACUGGCCGGUCUCAUGACUUUGCUUCCAGUGGGCUGAUGCUCUUUUAGCCUGGGAGUGCAUGUUUCCACUGAACUGACACACAAAAGCUGAUGUAGAACGUCUAUUUUAUCCUGGAUAGUUAAUAGUGUUUUUUCUACCACUACAGAUAUGUCUCAAAUAAAUACAUUUGUCUCUGUUCCAUUGGGUCUACAGCACAGGGCUUGGCCAGCAUUUAUUGCCCAUCCCUAAUUGCCCUUGUUCAGAGGACAUUUAAGAGUCAACCACAUUGCU